GUUAGUAUUGUAUGCUGGCAAUACAAAAAAUCUCUGAAAAAUCGACAAAACGCCACCUACCAUGAAUCUUGGCGCUCUGCUGUACUCGCGGUGAUUUUGACAGCAACAUACUGUCAUCAACGACAAACUUUCUUUUCAUUACAAACCGCAGUAGCAACAAGUCAUUUUUCUUCAUUUCGCAAAAUAACAUAACCUCGCAAAAUGGUUAAAACCCGUUCAUGCAAAGUGGUGUUGAGCCCACUCAGUGAAUCUGAAAUUGCAAAGCAAACAAAAAAAGUUCGCUUCGAAGAAUCGGAGAAUGUGUCGAUGGAGCGUCGUAGUCGUAAAGGACAGUUUGAAGCAGAAGAUUUUGAACGUCGUGAAAAAAGUGAAAGCCGCGAAGUGAACAAAUAUUCAUUUCGACGUGACGAUGACGAAUGGGAAUAUCGCCGCCGACGUCAUGCUAGCCGUAGCCGCAGCCGAGGCCGUAGAUACUCAUCAUCGGAAAGCGAUGGAUAUGACGGUGUUCGUGACAAUGCUUAUGGUCGUCGUAGUCGCAGUCGUAAUCGCCGUUAUGAUGAUUUCAUGUAUCCAUUUCCAUAUUUCAAUCAACCAUACGGUUUCGGUGGUUACCACCAUCCAAUCGGUUUUGAAAAUCACCGUCACCCAAUGUCAUUCGGGUUUGAAUAUGACCGCUAUCGCAAUGUUUCUGGCUGUUUCUCUGGUGGUGAAUGUCAUGUGGCCAAAGCAAAUAUGACUGCUGAAUUGCCAAUCGUAACCGCACCGGCACCAGCACCAGCAAAGCGCAACCAACGUUCACGUUCAGUAAGUGCUGCUACUCCUCCGAAUGAAAAGUAUUGCGACGAAACUCCAAUCGAAACACCAAAACCACGAGCCCGAGCCAGAUCGAAUGCAAGUCCGAGUUGCAAUUCAUCCGCUGAUGUAUUACCAGCACCUGGAAGACGCAAUCAACGUGCACGCUCAGUGAAUGUUGCUGAUGCUCCUCCGGCAAAAUCCCGUCGUAUCAAUACUCCGAGCGAAACACCAAAACGUGGUCGGCCAAAAUUGAAUGCAUCAUUGGAUACGACUGUUGAUGAAUUUCAUGCACCUACAACACGCAGCCAGCAUAGCCGUUUAGCUGCUGCCAGGGCAAAUCGAAUUACCACUGUGCAAGCUGGUGCAAACAAUCAAGGUCGCUCGAAUGUCCCAUGGUUGCCGGUUUUACCUCGUUUCAGUGUGCUUGACAACGUUCAUACUUCGCGCAAUCAUACAAUAGUGAGUGGUGCUUUGAACGACUCCAAUACACCGACAUCAGUUGUUGAAGUGACUGAUGCAGAUGGUGCAAACAACGCUGUUGAUUUGUCAUUGGCCAAAGCGGUUCAUUCCAUUGGAAAUAAUUUGGUUGAUCUCAAUGCAUCAAUUCCACAUGAUCUCAGCCACGACAUGAUGCAAGCACAAAUCAAACUCAAUGCUGAAAUGAUGCAACGUGUUGAGGCAUUGGAAGCACAAAGAAAAGCAUUCGAGGAGGAACGUAAGAAGUUGCAACAGGCAGCCGAAAAAAACAAAAAGGCAAAGGAGUACUACAAAUCGUUGUACGUUGAAACGGCUGGAAGUUUGGAACAAUUGAAGAAGAAGAACGGCAACAAGAUGAUCAAAGGAAAGUCAGAAAAUGGUUCUCAUCCAUCGGAUGCAAACAAGGCCGUUUCAACUCCGAACGCACUGAAUGCAAACGAAAACGAUUUGGCUGCAGACGCAUCGAAUGCAAACAAGGAAAACAUCACUCCACCUCAAGUCGAAUAA